CGCCGUCACCUGAUGAACCAGACUGAGGUGUGUUAACCCACGAAACACGACAUGGGGUUCUUUUCAAGCGUUGGACAAUGUCUUUUGGUUCUGUUGAACAUUAUUUUCGUGCUGCUGUCACUGGUGCUAGUGGUGGUUGGAGUGAUCCUCAAGUUCUUCCCCGGUGUCCUCAUGCAGUUCCUGUUUGAGGGGGUGAAGGGCAUCACUCACUUCCAGCUGCCCGACGGCUCCUCCGAACUCGACACCGUCCCCCUGCUGGACGAGCUGGGCAUGUCCGUCCUCAUCUUCGGGGUUGUGUUGUUCAGUGUGUCCUUUCUGGCGUGUUGCGGGGCCUGCUAUAAGAUUAGGGUAUUCCUUGGGCUGUUCUGCGUCCUCGUCAUCAUCCUCAUCCUCUCUGUGGCCACUGUGGGAGGCCUCUUCUUCAACCCUGAUUCGCCGUUGCAUACAAAGAUCAAGAACGAGUUCAAACAAAAGGUGCACGAUGACUACACUGGACCACAAAAGAAGGACGUCUUCUCCCUCCUUGUCAACAUCCUCUGCUACUCUUUGAACUGCUGCGGCAUGGCUGGACCUGACGACUUUGACCACACGGCGCCGUGGACGAACUACAACCUAAAGACCGGGGGAACGUACCACAUUGACGUCACGCCGGCAUGUUGUGUCCACAGCUACCUCAAGGCCAACGACCUCUCAUGCGCCCGGAAACAACCUGGGUCUGGGUCUGAGUAUGACACAAACAAGACAAAUACAAGGGGUUGUUAUGACAAAAUUCUAGACGAGGUCAAUAACAACAAGAAAUUUGGCGUCAUCGGCAUUGUGGUCAUCAUUGUACUACUGGCUCUGGAGGCGGUGUUUUCGGUUGCUCUCAUCAGAAGCAUCAACAAGGGGGUCUCCCCUGUAUAACAGGUUUCUCUGAAGGGGAUGAGGGCGCGUGCACAUAAAUGUAUACAUACUUCAUUGAUAUGAAGGAUUCUCAUAGACCUCGAUCUUCACGGCAAAUUCCCACAUACUGAUCUGACGAAAUCAAUGGCCAUAUGACUUUGUAAUAGGUCUACAUAUCGGUUGCUAUACAGUUUGAGUGAAUGAACCACAGAUUUACAGUCAGUAUGUUGGAUCACCUAUAAGUAUGUCGGUGUUUCAAGUAUGUCUUACAUUGUUCGUAUACACAAGUUAAAGGCUUCCUUUUGAAUGCCUAUUUUCGUUAUAAACUGAAGUACAAAAGAAAGGUCUCACCUUUUGUUUUGUGUGUAUUUUCAACCAAACAACAAAAUAUUUUGGCUAGUUUUCUAAAAUUACUAGUAAGCACAAGAUGUGAACUUUCAUUUUGUAAUCAGUAUAUUUUUAUCUGUCCAUCCACUUUGAAAUUGUGUACAAUAAUUGUUGAAAAAGAAUGAACGAAUGUUAUUUAAUGCCGCAUUCUGCAAUAUUCAGCCAUACUUUGACGGCAUGCACAAAGCUUGAAACAAGAAACCAGAGUUGAUAUGAUAACCAUUGCCCCAUGCCAUCGUGUAAAGUGACAUCCAAUAAACAAAGCCAAACCGUC